GUCCUUUCUCACAACUUGUGCACGGUUUUAAAUGUUCCCCACGAUCCGGUGGCCUUGGAAGAGCACUUUAGGGAUGAUGAUGAAGGACCUGUUUCCAAUCAGGGUUACAUGCCUUAUCUAAACAAAUUCAUCUUGGAAAAGGUUCAAGGAAACUUUGACAAAGUUGAAUUCAACAGGAUGUGCUGGACUCUCUGUGCUAAAAAGAACCUCUCUAAAAGUCCUUUGCUGAUUACUGAUGAAGAUGCAUUUAAAGUGUGGGUUAUUUUUAACUUCUUAUCAGAGGACAAAUACCCUUUAAUCAUUGUACCUGAAGAGAUUGAAUAUUUCCUUAAAAAACUCACCGAAGCAAUGGGAGCAGGCUGGCAGCAAGAGCAGUUUGACCAUUAUAAAAUUGCUCUCAAUGCCAGUCGAGAAGGUCUUUCUGCGUGGGAGCUGAUUGAGCUCAUCGGAAGCGGGCAGUUUAGCAAAGGGAUGGACCGACAGACGGUGUCCAUGGCAAUCAAUGAAGUCUUUAAUGAGCUCAUAUUAGAUGUACUCAAACAGGGCUAUAUGUUGAAAAAAGGUCAUAAAAGGAAAAAUUGGACGGAACGAUGGUUUGUGCUGAAACCCAAUAUUAUUUCCUACUACGUAAGUGAAGAUUUAAAGGACAAGAAGGGAGACAUCAUAUUGGAUGGCAACUGUUGUGUAGAGGCAUUGCCUGACAAAGAUGGAAAGAAAUGCCUUUUCCUCAUAAAAUGUCUUGAUAAAAGCUUUGAGAUCAGUGCCUCUGAUAAAAAGAAGAAGCAGGAGUGGAUUCAAGCCAUACAGACCACUGUGAGCCUGCUGAGAGCGGGGAGCCCUCCACCCCACAAAGAAGCACGCCAAAAACGGAAAGAAUUGCGCCAGAAGCUGUUAGCUGAGCACGAAGAGCUGGAGCGGCAGAUGAAAGAACUGCAGACAGCCAAUGAGAACAAGCAGAAGGAACUAGAGACCGUGCGAAAGCAACUGGAAGCAGCAGCUGCUCGUGCUGCUGAGGAAGAGAAGAAAAGACUUCAAACUCAAGUCGAAUUACAAGAUCGCUUCAGUUUAGAGCUGGAGAGAGAAAAAAUGGUAAGACAGAAAAUGGAAGAGCAAGUUGCUCAGAAAUCAUCUGAACUGGAACAAUAUUUACAGAGAGUACGUGAACUGGAAGAAAUGUACAAGCAGCUACAGGAAGCUUUGGAGGAUGAGAAACAGGCACGUCAAGAUGAAGAGACUGUAAGGAAACUUCAAGCCAGAUUACUGGAAGAGGAGUCGGCAAAGAGAGCUGAACUGGAAAAAUGGCACUUGCAGCAGCAACAGACCAUACAGAUGACAGAAGCGGAGAAGCAAGAACUAGAAAACCAGAGAAUGAUAAAGGAACAGGCUCUGCAAGUCGCUAUGCAGCAACUGGAACAACUUGAGCUGGAAAGGAAGGAGGCUCUCGAGCAAUACGAGGAGGUUAAGAAGAAAUUGGAAACGGCAGCUAAUAACACCAAGAGCUGGAAAGAUAAAGUAGCACAUCAUGAGGGAUUAAUUCGACUAAUAGAGCCAGGCUCCAAGAACCCUCACUUAAUCACUAACUGGGGCCCGGCUGCCUUCACUGAAGCUGAACUCGAGCAAAGACAAAAGAGCUGGAAAGGGAAAAAAACCACUUCUGAGUAACGACAGUAGUUGAUGUAUGUUUGUGAAGAGCAGCUCACC